CACACGGGCUUCUUCCGCCAUUGGAGAGGCCUUGAACCACAUCCGCUUACCACCCCGGUCAGCCUAAGUUUUCUCUCACCUCACCCACUAAUCCUUCGGUUCUUCUGCUCUUCCGCUCAUAAAAAAACCAACUUUAUUGGUUCUCGUUGUCCUCGUGCUUUUCCUUCUUCUUCUCCUUCUCCUUCUCCUCCGCCUUCCUCGCGAGCUCGCAGUCCAUGUCUUUGUUUUCGUCGUCGUCGUCGCUGGCGGCGUCGUACUGGUGCUACCGAUGUAGCAGAUUCGUUAGGGUGUUGCCUAACGACGCCAUCGUCUGCCCUGAUUGUGAUGGUGGAUUCCUGGAGGAAGUCGGCACGCCUCCCCGAAUUCCAGCGGAGAGCCGACGCCGCCGACGGCUCACGCAUCCGCCUAUGUACCUUCUCGAUAACGCCUCGGCUGACACCCCACCGCCUCGUCGUACUCGCCGCACCGCCACCAGCGGGGAUCGAUCUCCUUUCAACCCUGUUAUUGUCCUCCGUGGAACUCCGGAACGUGGGAUCGAGCAUGACCGGACUCCGUCUAGCAGUUUCGAGCUUUAUUACGAUGACGGCGCUGGGUCUGGCCUCCGCCCCAUUCCUGCAAGUAUGUCGGAUUUCUUGAUGGGGUCUGGGUUUGAUCGGCUGCUGGAGCAGCUGUCUCAGAUCGAGGUCAACGGCGUUGGGGCUGGGGGGAGGGAUUGUGUUCAUCCGCCGGCAUCGAAGGCAUCCAUUGAGUCGAUGCCUACCAUCGAGAUCGCCGCUGGUCACAUCGGCACUGAUUCCCACUGCGCUGUCUGCAAGGAAGCUUUUGAGCUCGGGUCGGAGGCUCGCGAGAUGCCCUGCAAGCACAUCUACCACCAAGAUUGCAUUUUGCCAUGGCUUUCGCUCCGUAACUCUUGUCCUGUUUGCCGGCACGAGAUGCCCACUGAGGUUGGGCGGCGGAUGGAGUCGGAAGUCGAGGAGCAGGAGGAGGCUGUGGGGCUCACGAUAUGGAGGCUCCCCGGCGGUGGCUUCGCUGUGGGGAGGUUCUCAGGUGGACGAAGAGCAGGGGAGAGGGAGCUUCCAGUGGUGUAUACUGAGAUGGAUGGUGGUUUCAACCAGGGAGGAGCUCCACGGAGGGUCUUAUGGACCUCCAGAGGGAGCCGGUCAAGGGAGAGUGGACGCAUAGGCAGAGCUUUGCGCAAUUUCUUCUCCUUUUUCCGAAGAAUUGGUUCAUCUUCGAGAUCGAAUUCAGAGCGCAGAGAUUCAUCUUCUCGAACAAAUAGAAGUGGCCCUCUUGUGCUCUCAAGAAGGCAUAGGAGCAAUUGGCCAGAUGAAGACGAGAUGGCAAGAUGGUAGCUUAAAAAUUGAAACUUUGCCAUCUUUUUGGAUGCUCUGUUCCAUUGAUUCAUCACCAGUGCAGCCAUUAAUGUCAUGAGGGAAAGAAUUGGAUUGGAUUCAAUGUGUUGGAUGAAAUCAUACUGUUUUCUGCUGUGAAAUUCAGUGUAAAUAUAGAUGCAACUAUGAUCAUGAAUCACUGCUCCGUUCAAGGUAUUAAUCCGAUUUUCAAACAAAAUGAAGAAACUUUUAGCAAUUGCGGCGAGAUUUUGGUGCUAGAAAGGCGCCUCACUUGUGCUUUGAUUUGCAUGCCUACAGAAUUAUUAUUGUUGUUGUUGCUACUGCUGCUGCUGCAGCGAUUCAUAGAUUUUCGCUCAAAUUCCAAUUCUAAUGGCAAUAGAUAUCCCUGUUCAUUUUCCUGCACUCUGCUUGAUGUAUAAGUCUGCCUUCUAUGCUGUGAAAUGUCCUUGUGGAAUAAUUUCUCUCUCUCUCUCUCUCUCUCUCUCUCUCUCUCUAUAUGUAUAUUUCAAAAUUUACUUUUUUAUUACUGUUUCUGUUUUGCUUUUCA